UCAUCAUCUUGUCUUGGAUUAUUCUGGAGCGCUCAACAGCACAACUCGCGUUUACCUCCAGCUCCAGCUCGCCGGCGUUCCUCGCCCGCCCCGGCGCCAAGCCGCACAGCAUCUCCUGCGCGCCGGUCCAGCGCCCAUAACCAGCCACCGCAGCAGCAGCAGUCCGUGCAGGCGCAGCCGCCGCAGGCGGCGAGGCCGAAGCGCGCGGGCGGCGCGGACUCCAUGGACUGGGUGGCCUCGUCGCUGACGAGGCGGUUCGGGAUCUGCAUCGGGCUGGCGUGGGCCGGGUUCCUGGCCGUCGGCGUCGUGUCCGAGCAGCUCCAGACUCGCUUCGAGGUCGCCCAGCAGCAAGCCAACACCAAGUCAGUGCUCCCGUGCCUGACACUUGCCUGCCGCUCUCGUGCGCCGCAGGACGUGGAGCAGGAGCAGGAGGUCGUGCUCGCCAACGGGAUCCGGCUUAAGUCGCAGAGCGCGGCCGGCGCCCAGCCCCGCAGGCCCCUGGCUGCCGCGGCCGGCGCCCAGGCCCGAGGAUGAGUUGGAUCCAGCGACCCUGCGUGGAUCUAGCGCUGGCGCGGGUGCAUCCGCUGGCGGCAACCGUCAUCGCCGCCGCCAAGAAAUCAGCGUCCGAGCACGGGUAGCCUUUUUGCGCUCGCUCCAAAGUGACUCGGGGUACUCUUAGUCAUUUUUCACCCGCUGGAUGCGCUGGCUCACGGCAGCCGUGGACGGG